AUGAUUCGUUCUGUUUAUCUUCUUUUGCUCAGUGCCUUUGCAUCUUCAACAAUCAAGAGAGUUCCGACACUAUCAGAUCCUCUAGCUCUCGAUUAUCAGGAUUAUUUUGCCGGCUGGAAGCUUGAGGAGCUUCAAGUUGAAGAUUACGUGAAAGGUUCGGUUUGGCCGAAACCUCAAGGAGAAACGCCUAAUGGCGAAGUUUACUCUCUUUCGCCACAGAAUUUCAAAUUCACAAUAACCGGACAAAGUAGUGAUGUUCUGCAAGAUGCCAUUUCUCGCUACAAAAAGUUGACUUUUCCCGAUAGUGACGAUGGUGACAGCUCUUGUGAAAGCUCUUGUGAAAGAAAAAACGCUAAAGCGCAAGGCUUGUCAGAGAUAACGCAGCUAACUGUCAAAGUCAUCAACAAGUACGAGAAUCUCACUUUAGAAACCGACGAAUCAUGUGAGUAUCGUCAGUCACUUCUCCUUUUUUGUUAACUUGAUAGAGGAGGUUGAUAUGAGGUCUUUUCUUUAGAUCUAUUUUCAGGUGAUAUCACACAGCUGUAUCACAGUUUAAUUGGGGUUAUUCAAAACUAUAAACUUUUAACAAAGUUGUUUGGAUUAUUCAUGUUACUCCAGUAGCUUAAAUAUUUUUUACCGCUGUUUUGAUAGAUUGUUCGUGUGUUUGUUUGCUUUAGCUCACUGACUGUUGCCUUAAGCUUUAUACCCUGUUGGCAAACAUUCUACUUCAAUUCCACCGAUAUCCUAACUAUGUUUACAUACACAAUAUUGACAAACUUCAAGGUGCUAGUUACAUAAUUUAAGCUCAAUACUAGCCAGAGUCUGUAGAUAUAACCACUCUCUUUUUAAAAUAGGUUUGUUUAAGUUGAUGUGUAUCAAGGGCCACUAAGAGAGAUUUUUUGGUAAAUGCUUGACAUGUACUGAAGGAAAGUUAAUAAGAUUAUUUAAUUUUUGUUGAUCGCUGAGUCUGAAAAUACCUGCUUAAAAGUUGACAGGUUUUCUAAUUAAAAAUAACAGGUAAAGUAAUAUAAACUUGUGUCAAAAGAAAAAAAUGAUUUAGCCUUGAGAAUUCAAUUUGUCUGGUCAUGUGAGAGAAAAGUUGCCUACAAACCGAGACAUACUGUGGCAAUGGGUUAUUCCAGAAAAAAUUCCAACCCCCCCUUCCCCCUCCUUCCAUCCAGAUUCCCAACACUGCUUGAGCCCCCCCUCCCCUCAGGAUUUUCAAGUUCAAGGACCCCCCCCCACCAAAUCCUAUCUGGAUUUCCAUAAAAAUUUCAAGAUACCAUAACAGGCUUACAUGUUUUGCAAAUAAGCUCACAUUUGAGUGAACUUCUCUUUUUUUCUAGACCAGGUGAAAUAUACAGUAAUGUAGACAACAGUACAGCUCAAAGCUAACUAUGUACACAAAUAAAAUCUCCUCUUCUUUGUUGAGAAAAAAUGACUAUGAAAGAAAGAGGACACUUAGUGGGAUAUUACAUGAUGGGUAAUAUGGUUGGCUGCACCUCUUGCCUUUCAAAAUGCCACCCAGCUUUCUUGUUAGGUGUGUUUAGUGGUAAAUCACCCUGAAAUAGCAUGGACCGUGGGAAAAUGUUUAAUUCAAGGUAGAAAUGGUCGUUUUUUUUAUGAAUUAUGUGAUUUUUCUCACUAUUUUCAAGUUAUCGCACGUCGCUUCUACAAAAGUAACAAAGGCAAACUUAUGGAUGGAAACUUUAAAUAAAUGUGGUUAGAGGUGUGUAGUUUGAAAGAAUAAGCAGUUUUUUAAAACUUAUCAAUUGAUUGAAGCAAUGGAAACAGGGAUGAAUGUAAGUCCCGAGGAUGUAGUUUUAGAUUCAGAAUCGCCCCUCCCAUCUUAAUUUCUAGAGCCGUUAAUCCCCCAUCCCAUGAGAUUUUCCAGCAUGCCUUCCAUUGGGGGAGUGUGGACUUUUUCUGGAAUAACCCAAUACAAAACUAAUGAAAUCAGUUUAAUUAGAUAUUUUGUAUACGUUUUGGGGGGAUUUAAUUUUGCCUGUUUAUGUUAUACUAGUCAGGGGGAGUGUGGAUUUCUUCUGGAAUAACCCAAUACAAAACUAAUGAAAUCGGUUUAAUUAGAUAUUUGGUAUACGGGGCUUCUGAUAUUUUGCGCGGUCGCGGAGCCGCGAAAUUCCGCAAAAUUCACAAAAACACGAAAAAUACCGCAACAUUUGGUAAAAACCUUAUCAAAUAGAUGUCUGUACAACAUAUUUGAAACUUAAGUCAGCUACAGCUGUAUUGGGGCUUUUUACUUGCCAUAAACUUGCAAAUUUAUCUUAAAACUUUGUCACUGAAACGUGCAAACAACGUCCCGAAACUACCAGGUGUUGAUUAUGUUAUGAAAAACUGGGCACUAUAGCCAUGAUUUAAAGGCUUUGCCAUUGGUUCAUUUCUUGAGCGUAUUGUUGUUGAAAGAGCAAAUGAUAACCUCUGUUAGAAAAACGUUAAAAACUUUGAUCUGAUCAGCGCAAAACCGAUUGAUUUCCAGCGAAAUUUGCCGUGAAAAUAGCCACAAAAUCGGCUGUUUUUACCGAUUGCUUUUUGGCAAAGUUUGCCCUGAAAUUUCCCGUGAAAUUCUUGGAAAAUUGGCCGAUUUUUCAUUGAAUUUGUGCCUAAAAAUCCCAGGAAAUUUGACUUUUUUCUCUGUGACCUAUCAGAAACCCUGUGUAUAUGUUUUUGGAGGAUUUAAUUUUGCCUGUUUAUGUUAUACUGGUCAGGGGGAGUGUGGAUUUUUUCUGGAAUAACCCAAUGCAAAACUAAUGAAAUUCGUUUAAUUAGUUAUUUUGUAUACGUUUUGGGGGGAUUUAAUUUUGCCUGUUUAUGUUAUACUAUACUGAUUUCUCCAGUGUCCCGUUCUGAAUAGAUUUGGACCUCCUUUGCCUGAAGUGUACGGCACAUACUAAAUGUGAUUCAUUUAAAGCUCUGAGAGUCAUUGCGGGCAAAGAACAGAACAUUUUUCUUUUGUUUUUAUUUCAACAUACAGUACUUCCAGUGAAGAAGAAGGCUAGAGCACCCUUGAAAUGUCUGUUUUUUUUUUCCCAACAUUUCAAGUGCAUACACUGUAUUUUAACGAAACUUUGACUCAAAUUAUUACUUUGCACAGUUUCUUUUAAAUUUUGUAAAUACUCCUCACUAAUAUAAGAUCUGCCAAAGAGAAUUCCCUGCUGUGCUAUAUUUUUUAGACAAAACUGGAAACUUAAUCAAUAAAGGGGAAGUAUUAAUCUCAGCUUGACUAUCUCAAAGAUCCAAACAUACAUGAAACACAAGUUACACUGACCCGCUAAUAAUGAAUAGCCAGUCUGAGAUAUACCGUAGCUGAUUGAUCAGGAUCUUGUUUUCCACUUGUGGUCGCAACUCUCUGAUAAUUUAUUUCGUUCCAUUUCAGACCAGUUAGAUGUGAUGUCUCCAACUUCUUCUCUGACUGCAUACGAUGUGUGGGGAGCACUGCGAGGUAAUAGCUGUUAUUGUUAUUGGUCCAAACUAAUUUUCUGAUUCACUGAGUUGUAUUGUUCCCUGCAAGCUCAGGUGAAUAAUUGCCACCUUAAAGCGGGGGGUUCUCGAUCAUGCGCAUGUGCGCCAUGACAGCUUCCAGAAUAGAUCAUAUGGGCCAACACUAAAUUCGAAGAAAAUAUCAACUGUGAAUCUGUCUUUAAAUUUGCUCAUCUGUUGCCGUAUGUAAGCAAAGUCUGCUAUUUCUAAAGUACUUGUGAGUGUUGUUUUGUUUUCGGAGAAGGCAUUAAGGAAACAAAAAAUCAAUUUCGUCAAUAGCAUCUCAGAAGCCAUGUCGCCGCGUUGCGACCAGCAACAGAAUGUUCUCAAGAGUCUUUGGAGAAAGAGAAGCUUAGCCGAUGGAUGUGGUAUAAGGAGUUGUGUGUGGCUUACAAAAAGAAUACACCACCCUUUGAAAGUGGUAAAAGGCAUCAGUUUGUUAAACUCUGAUUUGAUUUAUGACUCCGACCUGUAGUUGUACGAUAAAGUAUGCAACAGGCCGCGCCAUCUUCACCGAUCUGGUACACUUGAAAUCCUUAUAUCUUUGCUGUAUGAUCGUAUAUGUUUAAGAAUAAUUAUUGAUGUUUUUAAAAUAAAUUAUUGGCUGAAUAUUCUGUUUAUAAUCUGGUUUCUUUAUGUGUUCCACUCAAUAACAUUUGUUUUGUGGAACACUGACCCGACGAAACAAGAAAUUAUUUGUUUGUUUGCUGAUAAGCAAUUGAAAUUUAUGCUCAAUUUAGGAUAAUCUUUAUACUCAUACGCUGUGUGUUUUUGUCACUGGUCAGGUGCUAUUUGCAGCUGUUUCUAGGUUUAUAUGGGGCGAACAGAGAGAUCAGUUAUAAAAGGGUUGUUUACAAAUUUUGUUUACUGAACGGUCUCUGCUUUGUUAGCUUGGGAAUGUAAAAGACCUGGUAAAAAUACAUGAAGGUAAAUGUUUGUUUCAAAGCAGGACAGGGCUGUAAAUCUUAUUCUUAUCGGCGGCAACAUAUAUGUGAGGAAUAGCAAAGAAUAAAUAUAAAUUAUGUGGAUAUAUAAAAACAACAAAUGUGGAUAUAUAAAAAGAUCGAAUGUAUUCGAAUUAUGUAAAUUUGCUUGCGCGCAUCUAACUCCCUUCUGAUGGGUUUAAAAACAAUCAGCUAUUGUCAGAACCCACACAUGCACAGUAUUGUGAACCUGCCGCUUUAAGUCAACCAGGAAGUACCCACUACUCUUCCAUUGUAAUUGUAUUUCUUAGCUUUUUGAUGAAAACAAUUAUUAUAUGGUAUGAAUUUAAAUAUUAAUAUUGACAAAAAUUGCAUGUUACUAAAUGCACAGUAUUCAGGCCCCCUCCCCCUGAAUUAAACUUUUCUUAGGGGAAUCCUGUCGACUACCCUUAAUCCUGGCUCUUCUGACUGAAACUUGUUUGCCCUGUUGGAUUUUUCUCCUUCUACAACUUUAAACUUUUCAGGAAAACACUGCUGACGUCAUUUCUGCAAAUGUUAAUGUUGUGCAACCUUUCCAGUGAACACUUGCACAUCAUUAUGAUUAUUUGAUUAUACAGUAUGUGGUGAGAAUUUACAUAAUUUGCCACAGAUUCAAGUCUACAAGCAGUUUUAAUGAACAAACAUUUCUUUGAGUUGUUUCAAAGAGGCUGUCUACUUUCUCAUCUUUACCCUGGCUAAUAUAGGUUAUUUUAAAAGCAAUAAAAUGCAAAACAUUGCUUUAAUUAUAUUUUUACUAUUAAUGAUUUAAUUUACCUUUUUUAUAUAAUUAUGAAUAUUUAAAAUAGCCAAAAAAAAUUAUUAUUUUUUUUUCCAGGGUUAGAAACAUUUAGUCAGGUUGUUUAUCAGGAUCCAAGUGGUUCUGUAAGUAUAGUAUUAGUUAUUUAAGGCUGUUUUUGUGGUAUUUUAUCCUUCUCUUUUUGAGUGGUUCCACCUGCACAGUAAGACAGUGUCCAUGUCUGGCAAGAAUAUCAGAGAAACUGUUAGGUGUAACAGGCAAGAAACAGUUUGUUAACGUUUCAUAUUUUGGCAUUUUUUCAUGAGGCAGAGACUCUAAUCCUCUCGCAAAGAAAUUCCCCAGACCGGAUUAACUGAAGAAGCAACUCUCAUCCAAGACCUCCUGUACCGGAUCAUUGCUGAUUGUCAAACAUGGGCUUUGUCCCCACUUAAGUCCCUGCAUUGACCAGGUUGUGGAGGUGGGGGAGGUGGGGGGAGGGAUUUACAUCGAUUGGUGCAUGAGUUAACGGCAAAUUAAUUCAUCUCGGUAAAUAAAUAAAACUAUUAUUAAAAAAUGAAAAGUAGAAAACCACUAUUAGCUAGUUAGCUUUGAAGUGUUAAUACAAAUGUAGCUUAAAUUGAGUAUUUCUCUUGUUAGAUUUUGGUUGCAUUGGUAUUAUACACUGUACUUAACCAUGGUUAAAAAAAAUUAAUGUGUCGCAUAAAAUGUGUAGACCAGGAACAAUGAGACAUCAGGGAUUAAUGGAAAUAUGUCAUGUGCAAGGGAAAUUCAAAGUUAGCUUGCAUCAUGAAUCCUGUUUAUCAAGAGCUGCUCACACUGAUGCAAAUCCCAGAAUUACUUUUUCUUAGACAUGGCGAAAACUUGUAAUUUUUUACUCUCUAUAACUAGAGAGAUCUCUGAAGGAACAUAAAAUGCCUUAAGGUGCCAUGCCAUGAACACUGGCAUUCUUUUGAACGUAAUUUGCAAUGAGGCAUUUUUUUUUGCGGGGGAAGCAAGAAAGUUGGCAGACGGAGAAAGGAAAAAAGGACGCCUGAUACAUUUACUUUGUGAGUUGUCUGCUGCUCCCUAUUUAAGGUAUCUGUCAACAUUUGUGUCAUCAUGUCAGAUUUUAACAGAAAUUCAAGUGGUUUGUAACAAAGCUAAGGCAGCUAAUUGAGGUAAGCGGUGAAUGCUUAGUUGAUACAGUAGCGUUAUCAAAAACAUAAUAAAUUAUAAUGAAGACCAAUUUAGCACUGCAAAAAUAAUUCAUUGAAAACCAUCAUGGAACAACAGAAUUCUGUAUUUUACUGUGAGUGUUCAAAGUACGUAGGAAUUGAUUUUACAGCAAAAAAUCUUUCAUGGUCUUUUAUCAUUUUGCAUAAGUGUGGGUGUAAAAUCGUCAUUUGUUUUACACAGUUCCACGAAGUUGAAUUUGAUUGGGAACGGGCAGGAAAAUCAAAGACAAGGCUCUUGACUUAAAUUCUGCCUCAUCCAAGCAAGAAGGUGUCAAAGAAGAAAUGGCAGAUAUACUUACCAGUGAUAAAUAACAACUCGUCCUCAUGCAUCAGCCCACAAGGCGUUUCUCUGUGCAUUGUUGCCUUGAUUCACUGAAAACAAGCCCAAGCUUGCUGAUAAAUUAAUUUAUUUCCUCAAUCACCUUGUGGUUUCUCUCAUGAAGAGACGAAGGGCAAACCUAUCAUAUUGCGCCAGAAGGCAGAUUAGUUGUCUGUAACCAAUCAGUGCAGGGCUCCAAAGGCUCUUUUGUUUUUCGACCAAUCAGACAAAGGUCCAGAUUCUGGACUAUGGGCAGAUGACGCGUAGAGUGAACGUAUCAGGCGUCCUAGAGGGAACUUUGAAUUGCAGUUCCACAAGCCCAUCAGGUGGCAUCAUUCAUGGUUUAUACCUUUCAGGCGACCACACUAUUUCAAUCAGAUAUAUAUCUAUGACACUACAUGUAAAAUUAUGUACAUGUAAAGUAUCGGUAGACAGGAAUUUUUUUUUUACUUAAUAGUAUGUUGCCAAUGGGACCAAGAUUGUUGACUUUCCACGGUUUCAUCACAGGGGAUUUCUGAUUGACACCUCAAGACACUAUAUAAAUGUCCCAGUAAUUCUCAAGUUCUUGGUAAGUAAACUCAAGAAGUUAUAUGUCACACAAAGCCAAGAAAGUUAAUGUUAUUUACAGUGGUUGAAAGUAAAUGAGAGUUCCAAGAGCUGAUAAAUUUUUGCCCCUCCCUGGGUUCCCACUUAAUUGGAAACUUUCAGUUUGAAUUAAAAUCUGGAAUUAUGUUUUUCAAGGAGAGGGAAAAAGCAGUUGAGAUUUUGUACCUUUACAAAAAGAUUUCUCACUAACCAUGGAAGGACACCAACAAUUUAUCUGCAUUGUUGGAAGACAAUAAAUUGCCGUCACCAUGAUCACAUCUCUGCUCCAAGAGUUGUAUAAAAGUUACAUGAAAGAAUAAUGCUUCUCUCUAAUCAGAUUGUUGGAUUGUGACCUAUGGGGAAAUUUAUUUGACGUAAAAAUUAGCUUUUCAUAAUUUUUUUAUGAAUGUUUGUUUUCUAACUGCCUUAAUUUUACGUAUCAGGAUGCUUUGUCAUACAGCAAGUUCAAUGUUCUUCAUUGGCACAUUGUUGAUGAUCAGUCAUUUCCUUAUGUCAGUGAAAAAUUUCCAGAGCUCAGUAACGUAGUAAGUAACAUAAUAAGUUUAUGUUAUGUCCCCUUGCCCCCUGCUCCUCUCGAGCAAAUGAAACUCCUGUUUCGAGUCCAGUUUCCAAUGGCCAGCCAAUUUUUUUUUGUUGGGUAUCUCAUUAUUGUGAUGACAGCUGUACAUGUGCGUGACAUCGUCAUCUUUUCUUUGUUUACUUUUGGGUGGCUUUAUACUGAUAUCUUUUUUGUUUGGAGCAUUUGUGGUUUUUGUACAUAUCUCCCAAUUUGUGGUUUGAUUUAUGCCAUCUGUGUUUUUUUGUUGUUGCUGGAAUUAUGUUCCCGUUCUCUCUGCAAGUUCUGCUUUUUGUCGUUUGGUUCAUGACCAUCCAUUUUCUCUAUGUUUUGGUUGGUACAGUAUAUCUAAGUCGGCCUGAUAUGUCAUUUCCUGUGUAAUCCUAGGAAUCUUGGCCAUUUCUUCUGUUUGUUGUGCUUUGUUUUUUGCUAUUUUUAAUCAUUGUUCUGGUUUGGUGCCAUCCAGUAUAUUUUUGUUUGACGGGUUGUUUUUGUCUGCAUAUCUAGAGCAUUUUUAGUGACACAUGUACAGGGACUGACUGAAAAAAAAAUUCACCAUCACGUUGUUUUCUACGAUUGUGGAUAAGCGCUUAUCAAUUUUCCAAUUCUAACAGUAUGCAGGAUGUUUGUCAAAUAAACCUUAGGUUUUAAUUUGUAGUGGCCUUAAGGCCGAUCAUGAUUUUUGCUUAUGACUCUCAUGCACAACUAGCAUGUGUCAUGACUUUCGACCAUCCUCAUGCGCACAAUUUUCACUCAUGUCAUCCACAGUGUCGUACAAAUGUUGUGGGUCUAAUUUACAUGACACGAUCUGCUGUGAAGUCAGGACGCAUGCUAGUCGCACAUGAUAUUCGUAAGCAAAAAUCCUACCGCUUAAAUCUGCCUUAAGCUCCCACGAGUCUCCUCUAGGUUGGUGGUAGAGCAUUUGGACUAGUAACCAGAGGGUCUUAGGUUGCCACCGCCAGUGUUGCUGACUAAAAGAAAAACAUAUCUAUUAUAGGCAGUAUGACAGUCUAUGAUAUUAAAAUAAGGAACUGACAACUUGUUUCUUUCAGGGAGCUUGGAAUAACAAAACGCACAUUUAUACUAAAGAUGACAUUGCUAUGAUCUUAGAGUAUGCAAGGUUAAGAGGAAUUCGAGUGGUUCCAGAGUUUGAUACACCUGUAAGUGUGUAUUUGGUGUCUGAGUUGCAGUAUGAAUUAUGGACACAUCAACAUAUACUUCUGCUGUUUUUUGUCCUUAAAAUUUUUAAUUAAUGUUCUUUUCUUUCCAAAGAUUUUGUCUUUGGACUUCAUCAAGUGCAGUAUUCAGUUUUGGAAAGACAAUAUUAUUUUACAAUUGACCUUUUAGCUACCAAAACUGUUUAGCUAAGAUUUUUUUUCUUUCUUCAAGGGGCACACAUUUUCAUGGAGAAGCAUUCCUGAUCUGUUGACACCGUGUUAUUCACAAGGAAAACCUUCGGGGUAAGAAAUCAUCUUCUCUUUUUGUGGCUUUUCAAUAAGAAUAUUGUCAGUAAGUUCCAGUAAAAUGUCUUCGUGGGACGUUUUUCUGUCUGUAAUAGUUCAUGUUGUGUAUAUUUGUGUGUAAUUUGAAAGGAUAAUAAUAAUAAUAAAAAACAUAAUUCAUAUUUUGCAGCUGUCCAAGGUUUAUUCCAUCCCUAUACACUGUAAAGUGUCUAAGCUCUAUUUAUUGGCCAGUUACUAGCCAGGACCCGGUUGUUCAAACAUUGGAUAGGUCCAUUGGAUAAAUCACACUAUCCAGCACGGCCCAGUUGUUCGAAGGCCGAUUAGCGCUUAACCUGGGAUUAAAUUUAUUCCGGGUUUCUUUUUCUUGUGUUCAAAAGCAUUUUCUCGGAUAAUUUUCUGUCCUAUUUUGACAGCUUCCAAUCGUCAACUUGUAGACAAAAAUAAUUAAAACUGAAAUGCUUUCUAAGCUUUCAAAUCAGAAUUCAAAUCUCGCACUUACCCUGGGUUAUCUUAACCCAGCUUUGAACAACUCGGCCCAGAUAUGUAAUAGAGAAACCAGUUGCGUUACCCUCUCGAUAGAGAUUUAUCCAGUGGAUAAUGUUAUCCACCUUUUGAACAACUGGGCCAGGGUUCCAACAGACAAAUCACUAUUAACAGAGCAUCUAACGUAAGAUGAAAUCUUGCUACUACUAAAGGAAAGAGAAUGAAAUUCAGGGGUGGAUCCAGAAAAUUCAAAAAUUAUGGUUGGAGAGGGUUUGGGACACUUGCCAGCUAUAUACAUACUAUUUAUCUACUGUAUCUUAAGAAAUAAUACAAAAUUUUCAGAAAAGGUGUGGGGGAAGGUGGGGGGUCCCUAAGUACACUCCUAAUUAUCGUCAGGUUGACAGUUACGUUAUUACCAUCAUCAUGUUGUUUACAACCUGUGCUUUUUAACAGGGGCUACGGACCUAUCAACCCAACUAUUGAUAGCAACUAUGAGUUCCUGGCAGAGUUCUUUCAAGAAGUGGUCAGCAGAUUUCCAGACAAAUAUCUACACCUGGGAGGUGAUGAGGUUCCCUUUAGCUGCUGGUAAGCUACAUAAACACUGUGUUAACAACACAAUAAUUAUUGUGUUCUUAACGCAGUGUUUAACUGUAGUUGUCUAAUAGACUUUAUUUUUCUCAAAAGAUGAUUGAUUAAUAACCCGUCCUAAGUGCAGCAUUGUUCAUGUAUUUUGAGAUUUCUUCUAAAAAAAAUUAUUUUUUGAAAAAUUUGAAAUUGAAAUGUCAGCUGAAUUUGGCUGUAAGGUUGCUUGCCCUCCUCUUGGCUUGUGUAAGAAAUUAAUCUGAUUUGGAAAGCAAACGGAAGCCCAAAGUUACAACCAGUUACAAAGAUGCUUGAGACACUGAACCUUACUUGAGCUUAAAUGACCUGUUCAAGAUGUUGGUUUUGUGGCUCCCCAUUCUUGUCUUGUCAAAGUUACUCACAAGAAACUAUGAGAAACAAUGGUGAAUGGAGGAGAGGAAGAGUAUGGUUGUUUUUAUCUCACGUAUGUGUGAAUAUCUUUAAUAUGAGGUAAAAAAGACAUUUUUUCUUCUGAGUCGUGACGUUUUCCAUGGCUGCUUAAAGUUGAAGUUUGUAUUUGUUUGCAACAUGUUGUUAGUUCGCAGUUACAGAUUGUUCUGCAGUGGCAGAGGACUGAAACAAGGAAAUGUUUAUGAAUUUAAAAAUUUGGGAAUGUUGGUUUUACUUUUGAUUGGUUGAGAAAGUGGUGCCAGUUUCGUCAGCCAGUCACAAAGUGUUAAAUGAACUUAUCAGUCCUAUAUGUAGUCAUAUUCUGUGAGAUAAAUGGAGAGCUUGCUUGCGGACUAAGGUACAUUGGAAAGCUUAGGAAAAACAAAUAUCGGCAAUUCAAAUGGUUUUGAUUUUAUUCUGAUCGGUUGAGAAAAUAGUGCAAGAUUUCUCAGCAAAGCAUAGUGGUAGAAAACCAGAGCAAACUAUUGCCUUCAGUACACAGGGUUCAUUUUGACGAUUUUGGCUUUGUUAUUAGGCAGAGUAAUCCCGAUAUUACAGAGUGGAUGGACAAGAUGGGCUUCAAACAAAAUUACUCUUUAUUGGAACAAUACUACGAACAGAAGUAAGUCAAAAUAUUUUUGUUUUUUAAUUUGGUUUUUGUUGCUGUUGGUGUUGCUUUCAGCAGUUCUUACCAGGUCCAGAUAAUGCAAUUAAAAAAUUAAAAACUAAAAUUUCCAAUAAAAUGCCCUUUUGACGGCCUUUAUCAGCAAGCAAGUAAGUCGUGACUAGUUCAAGUCAUUUUCAGGGUUUUCAAGGCCUUAGCUAGAAAUUUUUGACAGCUGGGGGACAAUAAAGCAAGGUCUGGAGCUAUGCUCUUUCAGAAAAUUUUGUAGUGAAUGUAACCUCAGAUCAGGCCUAAUUUUAGCGAUUCUCGUACAUUCUCUCUUAAACAGCUUCUGUUUUCGUUUCGCCUUGCCCGCCGAAAUGUUAUUACAAAGCAAAACGAAAAUUGAGCCUGAUCUCAGGUUACAAUGAAUGCAGAGACUUGGAAAUACUAAUUUUCUUAGAUAUUCCGUCAUAAGUAAAGUUAAUCAGUCAUAGUUUAAUAGGAUAGUGUAGGAUAUAGGUAUAUAGGAUAUAGGAUAUAGUGCUCAAGGUUUGGUAAACUAUUGAUGCAUCGCUAUCUGAUCAGAUGAGUCUAGGAUUAUCUCCAAAUGGAUUUCCUUCUAAAAUAUCGUCAUCAGUCAAUUGCAGUGUAGUUAAUUAUGGCAUGGAGUCGACAAUGUGAAUACUUACACAUGGAAGUCAGUUAAAAAUGAGACCAGGUUCGGUGAUUUGUUCCCGUUUUGUUUCACUUGGUAAAUGACCUCAGAUUCCGGUAUGUGAUCCAUUCCAUGAUGAAUGAGGAACAUCCCUAGGCCACUUAAGGGUUCCUCAUUCAUUGUGCAAUUUGACAGGCCUCAGAACAAAAAAGAUCGUUCGCAAGAAUCACUUCCCAUGGGUGUAGUAAAAGAAUGGUAAGGAUCUUGUGUGAAUGGCUGGAAAUGUCUGAGGAUUUUAAACAGUUAUUAAAAGGGCUGAAUUUACGGUUGCAGGCCGUUCUUUAAAGGGAAUAUUUUUGUAGUACUUGU